AUGAAGCGGGCACGAAGCAAGAAGGCCGAGGCGGAUCAAAGUGUUAGUCCUCCGCGCCGCCGUCCGCGGCGACGCGUCGAGAAAAAUGCUUCCGCGGACGGGGCGGAGGAGCGCCCGCGCCCCGGGGAAGCCAACGACACGGCGGAGCAGAGGCCAUCGUACGGCUUUGCAUACCUGCGAGACGCGGGCGAGAAUGCAUCGCCGCACCUGCAGACACUGGCGGCUGCCACGGAGGCAGCGCUUCCAGCACCGUUGUCACUUGUGAAGGCGGCGGGCCCGAAGCCUGGUCCAGGUGACUCUGACGACGACGACGACGACGACGAGGGAGAGGUUUCAUCGCCGCUUAGGGCGCAGUCUGCGACGCGUGGAUUUUCCCAUUUGCGAGAAUCCAUUUUCUUUGCGUUGCCACGGCUCCGCGGGAGCGUGGGCGGAGCUAGCAUUCCACGCGGUGGAAGUGUCGUUCUGCCUCUUUCCACACCACUUCCUGCAUCCGCCCCACGUAGCAGCGUUUCCUCGUCCCACUCGCUGCGUGGGAGCCGAGGUAACAAUCAACAGCUUCAACAGCUUCAACAGCAGCAGCAGAAGCAGCAGCGGCGUCAUUAUCAGAGCCACAAGAGCAACGGGAGUGAGCAGAGUUUCUUAAGCACACGCAGUGCUGUCGAAUACCUCAAUAGCACGGGUUCACUGGGCGAAGUGAUUUCAUCAAGGGAAAGCAGACGAUCCAGCCAGGCCACUGGGUCGCGCCAGUCUUAUUCAAAGUCAACUCUCGGACCGCUGGACCUCUCACCCAUACUGAAGGAGGAAAAACGACGACGAAGACGACGUGAUCCUGCUGCUGUUUCUGCUUCUGGUGGUGGUUCCGCGACAUUUCGGCAACCUCGGAAUGGGCUGCCAAUCGAAGUACCAGCGGCUGUGAUGAAUCCAGCCACCGCGGGAGCGCGAAAUUCACGAAGUAUGACAUUGGAAGGGCUUCAUCACUCCUUGGCCCGUUACUCACGCGCGACAACAUUUUUUCUUGUCACAUGUUUUUUUGUUGCUGUUUGGGGAGUGAUGGCUGCGCCGCUUUUAAUGCGACAAAACAGUCCUGAAGAGGCUUUUGUGCGACACUACGUAGACUCUGUGUCUGAGCUGCAAUUCAUCUAUGAGGUGCCUUAUAUGUCUCUCAGCGCUAACGAGGCGAGACGUUUGUACCUUCGCGUGUUGAGUGAGACAUUGGAGCGGCUUGAGCGAUCGACAUUUCACAUGUCCCCCAAUACAAAUGUCAAGGCGCAGAUUCUGUACUACAAGCAGAUGAUAAGGGCAUAUGCGGCUGUUAGGCAUCGUGUGCGACUCUAUGCACGCAGUCGUGAGCGAAGUCGCCUAAACCAAUUUGUGAUUAAUCCUCUACGUGAUGCCUGGCAGUAUGGGAUUUUGCGACAUGGUUUAACGAAGACAAUUUACGAGGUGAUCCUAGAGCCCUCAUUUUUGCGGCUGUGGGCACGAGUAAAGGAUAUCGCGGUUUGCCUUCGCCAGGAUGAGAAGAUGCCGUGUCCAACACUGGCGUACCUGCAAGAAGAGGAGCAACAGCAGCCGGAGGGGAGGAAGGAGGAGGAGGAGGAGGAGGAAAUCCCCCCUGCCAUGCUGCCAGAGGAUGCGUUGAAGGACUCGAAUUCAUCCUAUGAAGGGGGAGAGGCGGUGGAGGAGUUACGGCGACUAAAAAAGACCUUGAAGUACGUGAGGGAAAGCUGUCGCCAAAGUAACCGUGAGUACAAUCACCUCCACACUAGAAGCGGCACCGAGCCAGUGUUGUCGUAA